AUGAAGGUAUCGUUGUCCACGUUACCACAGCUUGCCGUUUUAGCGAAGAUUUUGUGCCUCCUGAUGGUGGUGAUGUGCGGGGCGGUGCCGGCAAUGGUGCGCUCCGUGAGUCUCUACUCGACUUGCAGCAGCGGCAAUGUUACCGUAAUGGCCCGCAAAAUCAAUGCCAUAGGACGCGAUGAUCACAAUGCACCCUAUCAGAAACUUACGACGCAGUCCGAAGAUUUCAGUAGGAAAUUAUACAUCUUUGCGGAAAAGAGCCAGCGAUAUAUUUGCUUCAACAAGCAGGGGAAACUUGUUGGCUUGCCUAAGAAGCAAAAGGGCCCCAGGUGCCAGUUCUACGAGCAGUACAACGGUUCGUAUCUGAGGUACAGAAGCGUGGAGAACAGUUCGCGGUUUCUAGGGUUCAACAAGUUUGGCAAGCCAAUGAAGAAUCCGCGCGGUCGCCAAGAGUGUUUUAACUUCAUUAAGUACAAUCCCCACACCGACAUCCAGCAUCACAACAGCCUGGUGAACGCCGACAUGGGCGGAAUGGAUCCGCGGGAUCCGUACUUUGGAUCGAAGAAACCGUCGCCCGUGAUGAGGGCCACAAAGAACUCCCUGUUGCAGGUCGACAAUACGAGGGAGAUUAUACAUACGACGCAUCGUUAUCGGCAUUCGAAUCGUUGGAAGAUGCGCCAAGACGAGAAGGUCUCGGUACCGCGAAGACGGCGUUUGUUCGUCGAGACCAGUAAGUAUUGA